GUGACCAGGAGAGGGUCAAACUAAACAAAACUUCAAACCUAACAUUCAAUGCGCUUUGAUGUUGCCGCGCUCUCUGGGACUCGGAGAUAGUUAAGGAGAGAGAGAGAGAGAGAGAGAGUGUGUGUGUGUGUGAGAGAGAGAGCGGUUCCACUGCACCGGAUGCGGGUAUAAAGUUACUGACCUGCAGAAUAAUAAAGUAAAAGUGUUGUCAUGGAUACGGUGCUUCACCUCAUUAAUGACACAGCAGAGUUUUACAAAUGGAGCCUUACCAUAGCAGACAAGCGGGUGGAGCAAUGGCCGAUGAUGUCAUCACCCUUCCCCACACUGGGCUUUAGCAUGCUGUAUUUACUGUUCCUGUGGGCGGGACCUCGCUACAUGCAGCACCGAGACGCUUUCAAACUGCGCAAAACUCUCAUCACCUAUAACUUCAGCAUGGUGCUGCUCAACUUCUACAUCUGCAAAGAGCUGUUUUUGGGUUCCAGAGCAGCAGGAUACAGCUUCCUCUGCCAGCCUGUCAACUACUCCAACGACGUCAACGAAGUUAGGAUAGCGUCGGCUCUGUGGUGGUACUACGUCUCUAAAGGUGUGGAGUUUUUAGACACAGUGUUCUUCAUUAUGAGGAAGAAGUUUAACCAGAUCAGCUUCCUGCACGUCUACCACCACUGCACCAUGUUCAUCCUCUGGUGGAUUGGCGUCAAAUGGGUCGCUGGAGGCCAGUCAUUUUUUGGUGGAACAAUAAACUCGGGGAUCCAUGUGCUGAUGUACAGCUACUACGGUCUCGCAGCAGUUGGUCCACACAUGCACAAAUACCUUUGGUGGAAGAAAUACCUCACUAUCAUUCAGAUGAUCCAGUUCCAUGUUACUAUUGGUCACGCAGCUCACUCGCUGUACUCUGGCUGCCCUUUCCCAGCAUGGAUGCAGUGGGCACUCAUUGCCUAUGCCAUCACCUUCAUCAUCCUCUUUGCCAACUUCUACUACCAGACUUACCGCCUCCGGCCGCGUUCUAAAUCACCCAUGAACGUCUCCAAUGGUGUCACUGCCUCAGCCAUGACCAACGGCUCAGUGAGGAGUGUGGAGCAUGUAGAGGAGAAUGGCAAGAAACAGAAGAAGGAACAAACAAAGAGGGAGUAAAGGAAGGAGAGAGGAUUGCUGGAAACUUUGCAUCGGUGGGACUGUGGGGUUUUUAAAGGGAAGUAGUG